AUGAGCACUCCAACAUCUACAGCACCUCCCCUAAUCGCAUGUCUCGAAUCUUUCCUCUCACCAACGUUAAACAUCCAAGCGGCGCCUUCUUCGCCUGCGCUCCAACUUCUACCACCAGCCACCCUUUCAAAGCUCAGAAACCUUGGUCAUCCACGUUCACGCGAUAUGCGCGCCCUCGGCCAGACUACACAGAUUCUCUCACACAUACCCGUUUCCGCUACGCCGCAAAUAUGCAUGAAGCUUAACGACGCGCUGGACACAGGGACGCGGAUGCAGAAUGACAAGAUGGUAGCGCUGGCAUUGCUUCCCAGUGGAAAGGGUGAAGGGAGAGAAGCGGCGGGAGAGUUGCAGAGGUGUGUCACCAAGCUGAAGUUCGUGGGCGGUGUUGUUGCAGUGGGGAGUGGAUUGGAAGACAGGAGCUUUGAGGAGGUUUGGAACAUAGCGCAGAGAUUCGGCGUACCGAUUGUACUGAGAGAAGGAUGUCCGACUGAUGAUCAGAUCGCAGAGUACACUCAGGACCUGCCCAACACCGUCGUUGCUCCGCUAGUCACACACUUACACAACGCACACGCCGCGUCUCCAAUGCUAAUCCUGCGCCUUUACCUUAACGGCGUCUUCGACAGAUACCCGAACCUGCGAUUGGUCAUCGCUCAUCCAAGCUCACUACCCUCGCUCCUCCCGCGCAUCGACAUCGUCCUUGACAGCAUACCUGCCGCCGACAAACCCAAGCGCAGCUUCCUCGAUGUCUGGCAGCACAACUUUUACCUGACCACAGCCGACAUCCUUGACCUGUCAAGUAUGCGCACACUACUGGAGCAGAUCCCCAUGGACCGCGUACUGUACGCCAGCAACUAUCCGCUGGAAGAGCGAGGGCGCGACAUGAUGAUGGAGCUAAAAGAAAGCGGGUUCUUGACUGAUGAAGAGUGGGAGAAAUUGGCUUGCAGGAAUGCGGAGCAGCUGUUCAAGAGAUCGAGCGCGCAGCUGGGGCCAUACAACGCGAAUAUCAAGACGCUUGCACAGCCUAGUCAGCAUGUUGUGCUCGCGUAG